AUGGCCGCCAAUUCCCUUGGGCUACAGCUCCCAAGCUCCAGUGGAUCCACGACCCCUAGACGCCCCAUCACACCCAGUCCCAGCUCUCUCUCGGUGCCACCGACCACGGGCAUCGUUGUCUUCUCGGGUGGUAGCGCCGCUAACAACCUCGUCGAUGUCUUCGAGAGUGUUCGAGAAGCGAAUCAGUGCACUCUGAGCUACGUUAUCCCCAUUUCUGACAACGGCGGCAGCAGUAGUGAGAUCAUCCGUGUCUUUGGUGGACCAGGUAUCGGAGAUGUCAGGUCUCGACUCGUGCGUCUUAUUUCCAACGACGGUAGCCCCGAGACUGUAGCUAUCAAGCACUUCUUCAACCAUCGCCUACCAAAAGCCUAUGCUGAAGCUAGGUCGGAAUGGUUUGAGAUCGUCGAGGCUACUCACCCGCUCUGGAACGACAUCUCGUCCCCCAAGCGGGAACUCAUCCGCUCUUAUCUCAACAGCUUCAAUCUUGAGGUUGUGAAGCGCAUGAAGCCCAGCAGUCGCUUUGACUACUCUGGAGCCAGCAUUGGAAACCUCUUCCUCACAGGCGCCCGCCUCUUCACUGGUAGUUUCGAGGCUGCCAUCUACCUCUUGAGCUCCAUCUGUUCGGUACCGGAUAGAAUAGCAGUCCUUCCGGCUCUUAACACUAACUUUGCGAGCCACAUCGCUGCUGGUCUUGAAGAUGGAACGAUAAUCACAGGUCAGAACGACAUCUCUCAUCCCAGCGCUCCAACUGCGGCUGUCCCGGGGGCAUCGGCUGGUGUGCAUAGCCCAACGGUAUCACGACAUGAGCCUUGGGAUCAUGAUCACCAUCACGUAGAGGAUGCUAAUCUUCCCGGAACGCUGCCUGCAUUGCGCCGACCAGCAAUUGCCUUCUCCAAAGAUCAAGAAGAGGACCUGCCUGCAAGAAUCUCACGGCUGUGGUACAUCAACCCUUAUGGCGAGGAGAUCAAGAUGCCUGCCAAUCCGAGAGUUCUCGAUGCUCUUCGUUCGGUGCAUAGCAUAGUCUACAGCAUCGGCUCCUUGUUUACCUCAUUAAUCCCAAGUCUAGUACUCCGCGGUGUCGGAGACGCCAUUGCAAGUCCACAGGUUCGCAACAAGAUCCUCAUUCUCAACGGAACUACCGACCGCGAAACUGGUCCAUCGACCGCGCCUUUCACAGGCCUUGACUUUGUCGGGGCUAUAGCGAAUGCUCUCGCCUAUUCAAGAGGUUUGCCAAAGCCCGCCGAGGAGGAAUACUGCCACUACGUGACGCACGUUAUCUACAUAGAAGGCCCAACUUCGCCCAAGGUGGAUAAACCACAAUUUGGGAUGCUGGGGAUUGAUGCAACACGGUUAUACGGUCCAAAGGAUGAGAACGGAAGAGGUGGACGUUAUGAUGCCAAGGCUUUGACACAGGCGCUUGAGACUAUCAUCGGGAGAAAGGAUGCGCGAUCAGAUAGAAGUCGACGAAAUACCCUUGUUGGUUAG